AUGGCAGCCGUUGCAUUGAGUGAAAAGGUCCUGUCGGCGAAAUCGAUUAUUUGCGAUAUCGAGGGAACUACCACGUCGAUAUCGUUCGUAAAGGAUAUCUUAUUUCCUUAUGCGUUGAAGAAUGUAGAAGAAUAUCUAAAAAACAACUGGAACGAGGAUGCCACGAAAACGGUUGUGGCCGCUUUGCGUGAGCAAGCCGAGGAAGACAAAAAGGCGGAAGUGGAAGGUGUAACGACGAUUCCGGCUGGUGAUUCGGAAGAAAUUAUUCCCGAAAUUGUGAAAAAUGUCGAAUGGCAGAUGUCACAGGAUCGUAAGACGGGUUCGCUGAAGACGUUGCAAGGAUUGGUAUGGGCCAAGGGCUACAAAGAUGGCACAAUCAAGGGACACGUGUAUGAUGACGUCCAGAAGGCUUUUGAGCAGUGGACCGAGAACGGUCGAAAGAUCUACAUCUACUCGAGCGGCAGUGUCGAUGCUCAGAAGCUGCUUUUCGAGCACAGCGAACAAGGCAAUCUUCUGAAAUAUCUUACUGGUCACUACGAUACCAAGGUAGGCGCAAAGCGCGAAAAGGAGAGCUAUGAAUCUAUUCUGAAAAACAUCGAAUCGUCGGCAGAGGAAACGUUGUUCUUAACUGAUGUUUACGCCGAAGCAGCAGCAGCCAAAGAUGCUGGUCUGAACGUGGUGCUUCUAGAUCGCCCUGGGAAUGUAAAGUUGUCGGACGAGGAACGUAAAGAAUUCACCGUCAUAUCUACAUUCUCGGAUCUAUCGUUUGAGGCAGGGAAGAAAGAAAAUGGCGAUACUGUAUCGAAUGGCGCCAAGCGUAAGAUCGAGGACACGAUCGAGGAAGCAAACCGGGAGGAGGAGGAUCCAGCACAGGAGCCACCAUCCAAAGUGACUAAAGUUGAAGUUGAUAAAACAAAGGAACCCGCAGAAAACGGAGUCACAGGCGAUAAAGGACCGGUCGAACCAUCACCUUCUACAGAGCUGGCUGAAACCAAAUCCACCGAAAAGAUGGAAGUUGAUGGUGGAGAUCCAGUCAACAUUACUGACGCGAAAGAAGAGAAAGUCGUGGAAAAAAUGGAAGAAGACUCGACUCCAGUGGAUAAAACUGAAGGGGUUGAAAAAAUGGAACAGGAUAAAAAUGAAGAACCGGUGGAAGAAACUGCAAAACUGAAUACUGAAACCAGCGAGAAGACUGAAACAGUGGAGAAGGAGAUUGAGAAGGAAGAUAAAGUAGUAGAAAAAGAGGAACCGCUUGCAAAGGACGAUAACACAUCACCGGUAAAGGUAGUAGAAGAAAAUGACAAAAAAGAAGAAGAAAAGGAAGUGAAAACAGUAGUCGAAACUCCAAAAGACAAUGACGUGGUUGACGCCGCAGUGGAGAAGGUUGAGGCCACCGUAGAAUCAGUAACGUCCGACCCGGUGGUGGAAGAGAAGAAAGAAGAAGAUAAGGCAAAAGAAACUAUUGAGACGGAAAAGGAAACCAAGAAGGAAGAGGUUACCACUGAUGUAGUAUCAAACGCAAACGUUCCUCCAGAGGAGAAGGUGACCGAUGAGGUGAAAAAGGAAGACGAAAAAAUGGACGAGGUUAAAACCGAUCACUUGGAAUGUGAUAAAACGAACAGUAUUACGACGGAUAAGGAACAGGCACCCAAAGGCACUAAUGAGGGCGAAAUAGGAGAGGCAAAGGCGGCUGCAGAAGUAAAUGGAACGGCAACAGAGGCAAAAGUGACCGCUAACGGUAGCAGCAGUGCAGGAGAGGAAGAGAAAAACGGAAACGACAGUGACAAGGAAAAUGACACUACGGUCAACAAUUGCGAGGCUGAUGAAGCGAAUGCGGAGAAAACCAAUGGCACCGCCGCCACCGACAGCGCUACCAAUGCUGACGAUGUCACCACCUCCACAGAGAUCAAGGCCAAAAAGGUAAUCGAACCAGCUGCCGUUACUCCUGCGCCACCGAUCGAGGCAGAAUCAUAA